CAGACAGUAUCUCUUUCCUCCUACCCACCUAACCCAGAUAGCACAGUGCUCCUCAAAUCCAGAGGACACUCCCUCCUCCCAGACUGUCUUGAUCCAGAAAUCUUUUCAGUCUCAACCCACCUCUAGGCUGUAAGCGGCCUUAGGCAAGACACAUCCCUGCCUCCCACUCUCUUCCCCUGACUGUCUUCAGGUUUCUUCCUGCAGAGCUGUCAGAGACUACCAAGGCAGCCUGUUCUCCACUCCUUCUGUGGCUACCAUAAGGAGUGCUGGGAAGCAGGGAGCAAUCAGAAGCCCCUUUCUCCAAGGACCAGCUGGACUUGUGAAUCUGUGCUGCACAGCCCAAGGCCUGGCAGAAGGCAUGGCACCAGAUGUGGCCUGGCUCCUUGUCCUCCCGCUUGUCUUCCGGCCAACUCUGGUGACAGGCAUCACAAUUCAGACGGCCAUCAAGAACUUCCGAACCUUACAUGUUGACUACCCCAUGGUUAACUACCCAAAGGGAUUCCACGGAUACUGUAAUGGCCUCAUGGCCUACGUGAGAGGCAAACUGCAGGACUGGUACUGCCCUAAGAUCCACUAUGUGGUCCACGCCCCCUUGGAAGACAUCCAGAAGUUCUGUAAAUACAGCGAGAGCUUCUGUGAAAACUACAACGAGUACUGCACCCUCACUCAGAACUCCUUCCCCGUCACAAUCUGCACCCUGGUUCAUCAACAGGCACCAACCAGCUGUAGCUAUAACAGCACCCUGACCAACCAAAGGCUGUACUUGCUCUGCUCCCGCAAGCAUGAUGCUGAGCCUAUAGGUAUCAUUGGUCUCUACUAGGGACUUAGUUCUCAAACUAGUCCCACCUACUACAGGCCUCUACAUGCCACACGAAGGCCCGUUCCCAAACUCUGAGUCUGUCUGCAAGUCUUCCUCCUGACAUCUGAAGCAGAACCCCGCCCUCCUUCAGGCUCUUUCGCCUUCUCAUGGCCCCCACCAUGAGCCUUCCUCUCCCAGUGACAGUGAAACCCACCCAAGAAGCAGACUGUGUCCAGCUGGCAGUGCUUGUGUAUCUGCUGGGUCAGAUCCCGACUCCUGGAGGGAGGCCCAGGCCCCAGAUCACACCAUGGCAACAGGCACCCAGCUCCAGUAUCUCUCCCUAGGCCUGUUUUUAGUGUCAGCCAGUCCUCCACCCCCACCACACCUCCCGCAACCUCAAGUUCCCUUCCAAUUCCUGCCACGCUCCGGCAAUAAGAACCUCAGGCCCGUUUGCCUCCCUUUCCCACAGCCCCCAGUCUCCAGCCUGUACUAAUCUGUGAUUUCCCCUUUCCCUUCAUAUAACCCAUCCUUCUCCCCUCCUCCCACCAUGGAGCCUAGUACUGUUUUCCCUGACUUUCCCAACCAACGUUAGCCAUGCUGCCUGCCUGUUUCCAACCACUGUCCUCCAUCUCUCUCACCUUGGCCCCCCACAAUUUCAAAUGAUCGUUCUUGUCCUUUCCAAGGUCCCUCGGUCCCUCUGAACCCCCUUAUCUCUUUCACUCAGGUGACAGGGGAAGAGGCAGUCCCAGCCCCAGUCAUGUUCUGUGUAAAAACCACUGUGGGAAACUGGGCAGGGGGCGCAUGAGCCCCUUUUUAGACUGACUUCUUGUGAAUCUGUACUCAUUUCUUAAUAAAAUGUUAAAAACACAUUCAAA